AUGUCUAUGUCCAUGUCAAUCAACGAAUCCCUGAAUUCGAUAAUCCUUCUCAGCUUAGUGCUCCUGCUUGCAACUCCCAAAAGUCUCGCUCAAACAAUCACAUCUGCGGCCUCAGGUCUCUCCAGUACUGGCGCUACUGAUGACGAUGGGAUUGACGACACCGACAGCGAUGAUGCUGGGGAGGUAGAUUGCGAGUAUGAUGGAAGCGUAAAGAAUUAUCUAACCUGCGCGAAGAACAAGAUCUCUACGUCAAUGUUAAUCGGUGCAGGUAUUGGUAUCACCCUGGGUAUAUUCGUACUAUCUUUCCUUUGUAUAUGGUUGACCAAGAAGAAGAGACGAAGAGCCGCUCAACACAAAGAUCAAGAACAAAAAGCCGACCAAGUUAGUAGUAAUGGGGAAGAUGGUAAGAAUGUCGAUCUGGUUGAUUUGGAGAAAAACCAAAACCAAUCUACGGAAUUCUUCUACCCAAAUGAUAAGAAACAUAGGAAACUUUCAUUCGUUUCUGCGGUCGAGGAGGUUAAACCCAAAAAACCAAGUAAUGAUAACAAGAACAAAUCAUUCGAAUUACUCGCUCCUCCCGCUCCCAAGCACAACAGGACGGCCUCGAACUCUUCCUCAAUCUCAAACAGACCUACGAUCCUUGAGAAUGGUCCUACAUCAUUGAAACCCAAACCCUCAAUACGGAAAGGAAGUAGAGAUGAGUUAUAUAAAUCCAAACCAUUGAAACAUGCUCCAUCAACCAGAAGACCUAAUCCGACUUUUCAUAAACAUAUGAAUCAAGUUUCGAUCAAUGGGAGUAUACACGGCGUGGAAGAUAGGCAGCAACGUCAACCAGCUUCAAAGUCAGGAGAGGGAUCACCAGUACAACUCAUGACUAAAAGGGAAUUGGAAAUUACUAAUCCAUCUCAAUACCAAUCUAGACACAGCUCUGCAUUGGAGGUUCAACCUCCUCAACCUUCUCAACCACCUUUGAAGGAUACCACCGACCGUGGUUCAGUCAUACAUUUACCUAAACCAACUUCUAGAUCUUCCAUACCUCAGCAUCCCCCUGCUCCUCCGGCAUACGCAUUGGGUCCUCAACCCCCUCCUCCGUCCGCAAGCCAAAACUACCAUUCGCAUAAACCCCAAAUGCCUCUGAGAGGAGCAUCUCAGAUGACCCUGGCGUUACCACCCGUAUUGGAAGAUGGCAAAGUAUCUAAAUCGCCUUCUGUAUCUUCAAGACAAUCUACUCUGGCUCCUCCCGCUGAGUCAGAAGAUGCGGGAAGGAGUGGGACGUUCGGACCUGGUUUGAUGAGUGUGGAGGGGGUGGAAAAGCAGGUGAACAAUUCUUCUAAGGUAGAUACGGAUAGAGUGGAUAUCGUUGAAAAGGAGGUAUCAAAGGAUGAUAAGCUAUCACAAAUCAAAUAUGAAGAGGUUGGUGGAUCUCGAAAAGUGGACGAAGUGAAAGUGCCCAACAUUACCAGUCCCGACUCUACAAGUGCACCUGCGCAUACUUUGCAUGAUAAUCAAAGACCUGUCGAAUCACUUACGACCACUCCUGCGGAACCUACGCCGAAGGACAUAGAAGCACCAAAAGAGGAAUCAGACGGAAGUAAGAAACCCAAGAGUAGACGUGAGGAAUUGAGACAAACUAAUUUGAUACCUUCAUAUUACGUCAAAACGAAUGGCUUAAACUUUGACGACGAAGAAGAGGAAGAAGUACCGACAGUUGUAGAUGGUGGAAGAAAUGAUAACGAAGUGAAUGUAGACGAGAAGCAGCAACACAUAGAGGUCAGCAAGGAUCAAGAGACAGCCGAAAAAGAGAAAGAGAAAGAGAAAGAGAAAGAGAGGGAGGGGAAGGAGAGUUUACCCAAUCCUUUUGAUGCAGCUGAAAUGCAAGGGACUAAGGGAAAGAAAAAGAGUAAGAAGAGUGAAGUAAGAUCAUAG